UUGUUUAUUUUAUAGUACCAAUCGACUUAUAUUAGAAUCAUGUGUAAACCGUGUAUAUAAAUUAUUAUUUUAAUUUUCAACACUUACAAGAAAAUUACUAUGACGGAAGUGCAGCGUAGUGAUAAAAUCGAAAUGAUUACAUUACACAAGUUUCUCAUCGUGUUUUUCGGUUUAUUAUUAUUUUACGAUUAUUAUUAUACCACUGUGCCGGUUGUAGCGCGAAUCGCGAAUCCAAAAUUCACUCUUCUCGGCCCUUACAAUACAACAGAAGCAUCCACUGAUGAUGUAUACGAUCAACUGAUUGAUAUAAAGAAUUUCAGCUUCAAAGUGAAUCCUCAGCCGUGUCAGGAGUACACUGCAGGUAUACUUUUAGUCGUCAUCAUAUCUUCAAACCCUUUGAAUUACGACAACAGGGUAAUUAUAAGGAAUACAUGGGGUCGUGCUAUUGAAUCCACUAAAGUUGUGUUCUUAAUGGGUGAGCCAGACAACGUUACUGUAGCCCAGAAGAUUCAAAACGAGAGUAUAAACUAUGGGGAUAUAGUCCAAGGUAAUUUUGUGGAUGUAUACCGUAACUUGACUUAUAAGCAUGCUAUGGGUCUGAAGUGGGUUACACACCAUUGUCCAAUGGCAAAAUAUGUUUUGAAAACGGAUGAUGAUACGGUUGUGAACUCGUAUGAGAUGAGACAUUUUCUUGCAAGGGAGUUGUCACCGUGGGGUGCUAAGAACCUGAUCACCUGUCAGGUGUUGGAGCAUGCCCAGGCGCAGAGGUCUGAUAAUUCGAAGUGGAAAGUUACGACUGCUGAAUAUGCAAAUCGAUAUUAUCCAACAUACUGUGCAGGUUGGGCCAUCCUGUACUCCCAAGAUGUGGUACGUCGUCUCCUAAAAGCAGCACAAUCAAUGCCGUACUUCUGGAUUGAUGAUGUCCAAAUAACAGGAAUCUGUGCACAGCAGAUUGGAGUUGCAAGAACUCCAUUGGGGAACCUCAUCCUUUCCUGGCAUAAAGCUAACCUGCUCACCUCUUUAGGUCCAAAAUACACGGGUACAUUCAUCUUUGGACCUCCUGAUCUCAAGUCUGCCAAAAUCGCACAAAUUUGGAAGGCCAUACCUGAAUGAGGUACUUCUAAAGUCAAUGAGCUUCAUUAUUAUUACUAUUGUUUUUGUUUAUACUACGAUAGUGGCAAAUAAGCUUACGGCCUUCUGAUGGUAAACGGUUAUUGUAACCUACGGACUCUGAAACAACAGGGGUUUCACGUGCUCGUUACCGACCCUUAAGAAACCUGUACGAAGUUUCUUAAGGGUCGACAAUGUGCACGUGAAAAUCCCCAUGCUAUAGUAUCUCGAGGAAACCUCGGCAGGUAGUUCAUUCCAGAAUCCAAGUGUACACGGGAGGAAGCUCCCCUAAAACCGCACUGUCCAAGACCACUUCGAUUCCAAAGCGUGGAUAUGAAUUUCCUGUCGAUGGCGAACUGUGCGAUGGUAAAACGUAGCCGUAGGCAUCACGUCGAACAACUCUUCAGAACAGUACUUAUGUUGUCU